GAGCACAAGCGCGGAGAACGUUCCAAAGCAAAUAAAAAAUCUGUCUUUCCCUUCUCCUUUCACUCGGCCUCCUUUUUGCGCGAUCUCAUUUACAUAAUUUCAAUCCAUUAAUUCCAUCAGUCGUCUGCUAUAUAUAUAAUGAUUGAAACGUACGUAUCGGGCAACAUAUAUAGAAACCUGAACAACUAGCUAGCUUUGAGCUUUCUUUAUUUGGGUAGCUGGAAGUAGUUUUUGUAGGGUUAGGGCAGAGGGAGCUGGAGAGGCAGAUGCAAUGGAGGAUUUACCACCUGGAUAUAGAUUCUACCCAACAGAGGAAGAGUUGAUUUCGUUUUACUUGCGCAACAAACUUGACGGGAGGAGUGGGAACUUGAACCCAGUUCUAGACCGAAUCAUACCCGUUGUUUACAUUUACGAGUUUAAUCCAUGGGAACUCCCACAGGUUUCGGGAGAGGUGAGCCAUGGAGAUUCAGAGCAGUGGUUCUUUUUCAUCCCAAGACAAGAGAGUGAAGCUCGAGGAGGGAGACCGAGACGACUCACAACAACUGGGUAUUGGAAAGCAACAGGAUCUCCAAGCAUUGUUUACUCUUCCAAUUCCAAUUACAAUCAUGCCAUAGGGCACAAAAGAACCAUGGGUUUCUACACUGGCAGAGCUCCACAUGGAAAGAAAACCGAGUGGAUGAUGACUGAAUACAAAGCCAUCGAAGUUCAUGCAGAUCAUAAUAAUCAACUAUCAAUGACAGCUUCUUCAUCAAACACUAGUACUAGUACUCCUCCUGCUCCCACGUUAAGGGAAAAAUUCAGCUUAUGCCGAGUGUACAAGAAAUCGAAAUGCCUUAGGGCAUUUGACAGACGACCUCCAGGGAUUGAGAUCACAAGAAACCCUACCUUAAUCAUUCAAGCAGCUCCUGCUCAGGGUGCAAAUCAUCUGGAUCAAGGGCUGACAACGUCAAAUAGGAAUCCUCAUAAUAUUGGAGAUAGAACAAACUUAAGCUCACUGGACAGUUCAUCCUCAGGAGACCAUGGCUCUCAAUCCUCUCAACCAGAACAAAGUUGGACUUUGCCAAUGGCCGUUGAUGAUGAAGCUAUUUGGGAAUGGGACGAAUUAAUGGAUAAUUGGCUCCAUUGGUUUUAAGGGGUGGACAAGAUGAAAUUGAAGAAAAGAUUACGUUUCCACAAAUGAAAUGUUUAGCUACUAGGAAAAUGGAUUAAUGCAGGUGGAAUCAUUUGUAGGGUUUAACCGUUCUAACGUAAAGUUUGUGCUACAAUUUGGAAAAGAAAGCCAAAUUCAUAUUGUACUAAACUUGCCCUCACAAGUCUAGCCUAUCUUGAUCUCUUUUGCUUCGUUUGAAACAAAAACCAGUAAGUUCUUGUCUAAUGUGUUUCAUAUGUAUUAUGUACGUUUCUUGGACUAUUUUGUAUAACCUUGAAAGUUUGCAGAAGUAACUAAUAGAAUUUAUCACUUUGCUUACA